AUGCCUUCCUUCACAGUCUUCAAGGGCACGAAGAACGAUGGGAUCCAAGAGAUCAAGACCGAGAAGCCAGAACUCAAAGGCGACCAAGUCCUCCUCAAGGUCACCGCCUCUGGUCUCUGCGGCACUGAUCUCCACUACAAGGCCGGCGAUAUGGUCCUUGGUCACGAGGGAGUCGGCAUCAUCGAGGAGACUGGUCCCGAUGUCAAGUUCAUGAAGAAAGGCGACCGCGUUGGCUGGGGCUACGAGCACGACUGCUGUGGCCACUGCCAGCAAUGCUUGAAGGGCAACGAGACUUACUGCCCAGAGCGCGCCAUGUACGGUUUUGCCGAUCUCGACCAGGGUUCCUUCGCUCAUGGCGCCGUAUGGCGGGAGGCUUUCCUCUUUCCCAUCCCCGAGGGCAUGAGCGAUGAGGUUGCCGCACCUUUGCAGUGCGGCGGCGCGACUGUCUUCAAUGCUCUGCACAACUUCGAUACUCAGCCAACCGAGACGGUCGGUAUCAUGGGCGUCGGCGGCCUUGGUCACCUCGCCAUUCAAUUUGCAGCCAAGAUGGGCUGUAGAGUCGUUGUACUCUCCGGCUCUGACCGCAAGAAGGACGAGGCAAUGAAGCUUGGCGCACACGAGUUCAUCGCCACCAAGGAUGCCAAGGAGUUGAAAGUCUCGAAGCCACUGGACCGCCUGCUUGUCACGACUUCUGCUCAGCCGAACUGGGACCUUAUACUCCCGAUUAUGGCUCCAGGUGCCACCAUCCACCCUCUAUCUGUCGACGAGGGCAAGUUCGAGAUCCCAUACAUGCCGCUCAUUCUCAAUGGUCUCCGCGUCCAGGGCUCCGUCGUCGCCAGUCGAUACAUUCACAACCGCAUGUUGAGCUUCGCUGCCCAGCACAAGAUUGCGCCGAUCCUCGAGAAGUUUCCAAUGACGAAGGAGGGUAUCAACCAGGCCAUGGAGAAGUUGGAGAAGGGAGAUAUGCGGUACCGCGCUGUCCUCAUCCCACAGUAA